AACUGCUUUGGCAUGCCUGCAGUCCACUGCUAUUUCGCUCAUGAGACAGGUUAUUGCCCGUGAAAGCCCCUAGAAAUCUUUGGGUAGAAUCGUGCUCUUUCUGGUCCAAUUUGUUGGCUCCUAGUUUCUCUGAAAUUGCCCUUAGUUACUUCGUACCUUCCUUCUGGCCCUCGCUCGGCCCUUUCGUUGUCGGCAGUCCUACAUGAAUGGCCCUUUAACUGACCGCAUAGUCCCCCGGCUUCCGGGCCGCUGCGAUGUACUGAUACCCUCGACAGUCGAAGACCUUCCAUAGUUCAUCGUUACUGAACCCACCUAUACGCCAUUCAAGAUGAUGGCAUCAAACAUCUUGUCCCGGAUCCUCCCUCCCAACGGUUCCCCAUCGGUAUACGAGACCAUCCGACAACAUGACGCGGAUUCCGAAAACUCAGAUGUGGAGGAACGCGCGGGCCUGGUGCCGGAAGAUCACCGGGACGAAGAAUAUACGAACCGGGAGCUGGAGGAAGCGAUGGCCGAUGCUGGGAGGGAUGAGAUGUCGAGUCCAACUCCAAGUGAGCCGUUCCUGACUCACCGCAGCCCGCAAAGGGUUGCUGAGGGUAGGGAUCAAGGCCCGUCCGGAUCUCGUCGUCGCAGGCUCAGUCGACCCCGUUGGAUGCAGGCCUCCUCGUCGCCACAUCAUGACCCUGAUGAUGGAGAUGACGACGUGCCAGCCUCCCUCUACGUCGAGGGGCGACAGGACGAUGAUGAAUUAAAGCAGCGACUCCCUCCGCCUCCCCCCUCCCAUAAUCGUCGGAGCCAGGAACCCGCAGUACCUGGGCCUUCCUCUGGAGGCGAUCGGGCCCGCUGGGAAUCCACCAGGGAGCAGUUGCCCUUGCAUACGAACCACCAGAGGCACCGUCCGGGGAUGAUUUGGUCCUUGGGACAUCCGAGCCUGGCCACGGUAGACCCCAAGGAGAAAGCGCUAUGGAUGUGGGCGAAUGUGGAGAACCUGGAUAACUUCUUGAAGGACGUCUAUACGUAUUUUCUAGGAAAUGGGAUCUGGUCCAUAUUGCUGGACCGGUUCCUUGGUCUUCUGACAUUUGCGUUUGUGGUCGGCUUCAGCACGUUUCUGACGAACUGCAUUGACUACCGCAGUGUACGCGGCAGCAAGACCUUGGAUGACAUCCUCAUCCAGAAAUGCACCAAGAAAAUGUCCAUGUCUUCCACCCUCUUACUUUGGCUGCUUACGUUCUUCUGGAUCGGCAAGGCCUUCCAGUAUGUCUUGGACAUUCGAAGGCUCAAGCACAUGCAUGAUUUCUACCAUUAUCUACUCAACGUGUCCGACGCCGAGAUCCAGACAAUCUCCUGGCAAGAAGUUGUCAGCCGGCUGAUGGUGUUGAGAGACUCAAAUCCCGCCACGGCUGGUGCAGUUUCUGCAACGCAUCGCAGGUUUAUGGGCAGUCAAUCCAAGCAGCGAAUGGAUGCCCACGAUAUUGCCAAUCGGCUGAUGCGCAAAGAGAACUACCUCAUUGCUCUGGUAAACAAAGACAUCUUGGAUCUGACGCUCCCUAUUCCGUUCCUCCGAAACCGACAACUGUUUUCGCAGACCCUGGAGUGGAACAUCAACCUCUGCAUCAUGGACUAUGUGUUUAACGAGCAAGGCCAAGUGCGGACUUUGUUCCUGAGGGACACCCACCGGAAAGCGUUGAGUGAGGGCCUGCGGCGGCGUUUUAUACUUGCAGGCAUCAUGAAUAUCUUUGUAGCCCCGUUCAUCGUGGUCUAUUUUCUGAUGCAUUACUUUUUCCGUUACUUCAACGAGUUCAAGAAAAACCCGUCCCAGAUCGGAUCUCGGCAGUACACCCCUUUGGCCGAGUGGAAAUUCCGGGAGUUCAACGAGCUCUGGCAUCUCUUUGAGCGUCGGCUGAAUAUGUCGUAUCCCUUUGCCAGUCGAUACAUCGACCAGUUCCCCAAAGACAAGGCCGUCCAGCUGGCUGGCUUCGUGGCAUUUGUCUCCGGCGCCCUGGCCUCCGUCUUAGCCCUGGCAUCGAUUGUGGACCCCGAACUAUUCUUGGGCUUUGAGAUCACGCCCGACCGCACAGUCCUCUUCUACCUUGGUGUUUUUGGGUCUAUCUGGGCCUUUGCUCGGGGCGUGGUUCCCGAGGAGGCCAAUGUGUUUGAUCCCGAAUAUGCCCUGCUCGAGGUGAUCAAUUUUACCCAUUAUUUGCCAAAUCACUGGAAGGGCCGACUGCACAGCGAUGACGUCCGGCGGGAUUUUGCCACGCUAUACCAGGUCAAGAUCGUCAUAUUCUUGGAGGAGAUUCUCAGCAUGAUCUUCACGCCCUUUAUCCUCUGGUUCAGCCUGCCCAAGUGCAGUGAUCGACUCAUCGAUUUCUUUCGCGAGUUCACCGUGCAUGUGGACGGGAUGGGCUAUCUUUGCUCGUUUGCCGUCUUCGACUUCAAGAAAGGCACCAACCAGAUCUCCCAGGGCGAUACCGGGCGGCGCGACCCCGCGAGGCAGGACCUCCGAGCGGACUACUUCUCGACGAAGGACGGCAAGAUGCUCGCGUCCUACUACGGAUUUCUGGAUCACUACGGAGGCACGCGGCCUGCCCACCCGGCUGCGAAGCGGCAGUUCCAUCCUCCGCCUGCGUUCCCAACAAUGGGAUCACCCUCGAUGGUCGAUCCUGGCAAUGUCGGCGAUCGACAGUCUAUCGUAGGAGUUCCCCGGUUUGGUCCGCCGGGGUUGGGAGACUCGGUUCUAUUGGAUCCCCAUCACCAGCCAUCUGCAUCGGGGUUCCGAACCAGCAAUCGCAACCCCGCCUAUUCCCGCUAUCGGGCCUCGCGUCCUUCGCGACCAGUCUCCGAUCCCCUGGAGGACGAGGAAUCACCGUCCGCGGAGACGCGCAGCCCGGCCGUCAAGAAAUCGCCACACCACGCAGCCGUCGGCGGCAGUGACAGCAACCUCGGCGAUUCGUGGCGCGUCAACCUGAUGGGUGAUAUCGAGGAAGACGACGGCGAGGAAGAGGGAGAGAAUGUGGAUGCCAUUGCCGGGGGUGCAGGCGUGCUGGGUCUCAUCCAGCAGUUUCAGAAGGUCAACAAGGACAACCGGGGCCGGAACACCGUAGGCAUUUGACCUUGCUUUUCUCUGGCGUAUUUUGGUGAUAGAUAGAUAGGGUUAUAUACCGCUGUGCCCUCAUUCCACCUGGUUGGAACUUGAGUAACGUUUUAGUAACGACUGAUCCGGAGUUGACAUUGC